AUUGCUGACCACACAAUACACUGGCAGUAUUCAGUCCUGAAGGGUGGUGUGGAUAGGGGUAGCUCUUAGAGAAAGGGGCUUGUGGUGAGCUAGAAGGAUCCCUGGCCUUGGCCUUUCUAGCAUCCAAACUUAACCGAUCCUACCACCUCCCUUCUCUUAGUUGCUCAUGUCUUUGCCCUGAAUCCCACAGAAAUUUCAGAGGAAAUUUAAAGGCUCUCUGGGCUUUAUUCAGUGGGCUGGAUGGACAGAGAUGGUGUGGAAGAAGACUGGUUUGCUGAUUCCAAAGAAAUAUGAUCUUGAACUUACAAGUCCAAGGUCAACCUCUGAAUUCUGCAAGACUAGUAACUUUGUCAAUGCCUCAGAACUCAUCUGAUUUGUAGGUCCUGAUUCACAUGACUGAGGUUUAUAAGAAAACGCUGCACAGAAGCUUGGCGCGGAGUUCUGUGCAGUGGCGUCUGUAGCGGGUUGCACAGCACGUCGAGUGCUGGAGGUGAUCCGCAGAGGGAUGCCGAGAGAAGCGGUUUUGCUGCUGCCGCGGGCUCAUCGGCUCAUGCCCAGAAUCCAAGCUGGAGUCCGGCGUCUCCAUGCAGAGUUUGUGGCAGAGCGGGACUGGGACCAGCUCCAUCAGCCUGGGAACCUCCUACUGGCCUUGGUCGGGGAAGAGGGAGAGCUGGCAGAACUCUUUCAGUGGAAGUCUGAUGCAGAGCCUGGCCCCAAAGCCUGGCCCCUGAGGGAACGGGCAGCCCUUCAAGAAGAACUUAGUGAUGUCCUCAUCUAUCUGGUGGCAUUAGCAGCCCAUUGCCACGUGGAUCUGCCCCAAACAGUGCUCUCCAAAAUGAAUACCAACCGGGGAUGUUACCCC